CACGAGCAGCGGUGGCCCGCGGCAGUGAGGGUGGAGCGAUGGAAGGGUUGAUGUCGGCAGCCGUGGCGUUCAUUCUCUUGCAUGCCCAUUUUUCCGUUGCCGAAAGGAUUUGGAGCAAGCACGAAAUUCUGGACCAUGACUCUCAGUUUACUCUUUCGUGGAAUCCAAAGUUGGACGCCGAGGGCUACUUCCACUUUAGCCUGCGGGCCGUCACAAAAGGCUACCUGGGAUUCGGACUUUCCGACACUGGCACCAUGGCUGGGUCCGAUUUGGUCGUGGCUUGGCCCGAGAAGAAUGGAAACAUCACUGUUAUGGACAUGUACGCGAGCCAGAACGGCCUCCCGAGACAAGACGCUCACAACGACUGGCACCUCAAAGGCAGUUCUUUCAAUCGCAAAACCGGCAUCUUCCAAGUGACUCUGGCGAGAAGGCUGGCCGCUUAUGACGACAAUGAUCUCCCCAUCAAUGAGGGACCGGUGCAAAUCAUUUAUGCCUGGGGCAAGGCGAGGGCACUCGAGCAUCAUGGGACCAAACAACGAGGUGCUAGAAAGAUCAAUUUACUCCGAGAUUCAAAUGGCUCGGCUGCUGCGAGCUCUGCACUUUUUCUUAUGUCUGUUCCUGUACUUUUGUCUUUCAUGAAACGAUAAUUUUUAUCGCUAUUGUUGGUAGACCUUUUAUUGUUAGUGGAAACCAAUUUCCCCAGUAAAACAAACAAUGUUGUCUGUCUAUUAACUUCAUAAUUGAUGAAACGAUGUCGUGUAAAUGUUCUUAACGUAACUUUGUUUCAAUUUUUCAAAAAUCUUUGGUAACUAUGUUUAGUAUCCCAAUGAAUGUUUAUAAAACAUAUUAUACCUGCAUUGUUUGAUACGUAUUUUCUAAAAUUUAAGCGUUUUACGAUGUGGCUUAAAUACGGGAUACGGGACUGCGUCGCAGUUUUUGGAACAAAAUUAUUUUUGACAAGAAAACGCAGAAAGACAAGUUAUUUCACAAAUUUGUGACCCUACAUAGAAUGUUUACCUAUUUUUAUUGUCCAGUAGUGUUAAUAAAGGUGCAUAUUAAAGAAUAAAACUUAUUUUAAAAUUUAA